AAACACCACUGAGAGACCUGCCGGAACAUCAAGGUUACACCCUUAGAGAAGGAGAUAUCAAUUGGAGGAUUGGAUCUGUAAAGUCCGACAUCGAAGCUGAAUUGUAACAGCACCUGGAAGUACCAGAACAGUGUCUUCACCAAAUCAUAUCAUAAAACCACUUCCAACAUGCAUAUCGCCGUAGAAGGUUGUUCUCACGGAUGUCUGAACGAUAUCUACGCGACGGUCCAAAAAGCAGAACGAGAGAAGGGGAUCAAGGUAGAUCUUCUGCUCUUGUGCGGUGAUUUCCAGGCUCUCCGGAACUCGCACGACUACGACUCGAUCGCCAUAAGCCCGAAAUACCGGUCUCUGGGUUCCUUCCACGAAUACUAUUCUGGGAAACGGGUGGCGCCUUGUUUGACGAUUGUCAUUGGGGGGAAUCAUGAGUGUAUGAGUUAUAUGUGGGAGCUGUACCACGGCGGAUGGCUCGCACCCAACAUCUAUUACCUCGGACACGCCGGUAGCGUGAUCGUCAACGGUAUCCGGAUCUCCGGAGCCUCUGGGAUUUACAAGUCGCAUGAUUAUCAUAAAGGUCAUUUCGAGAAAGUCCCAUACGACCGCUCGACCGUCCGAUCGGCUUAUCAUACCCGGAAAUACGACAUCCAUCGAUUGUCCCAGUUGACACCCCGGCCCGGAUCGGCAUCAGGUUCUAGCGUAGAUAAAGGCGAGGAUAAAGAAACGGAGAAGGUGGACAUCUUUUUGAGCCAUGAUUGGCCAGUGGGGAUCACCCGAUUCGGGGAUGAAAAGGGGUUAUUAAGGAGGAAGACGUUCUUUACAGAAGAAGUCCGCACGAAUACGCUCGGAUCGCCUCCCCUUCUCCAGCUCUUGCAAACCCUACACCCGUCUUACUGGUUCUCCGCCCAUCUUCACGUCAAAUUCUCCGCCGUCAUCCCUCUAGAAAAGUUACGAGAGCUCGAGCGGAUCAUGCUGAACGAUCGACAGCCUAGUGGAUCGCAACGACAAAACCAGGUUCAAAAUCAGUCGACUCCGAACAAAGCUAGUAAUCCGGACGAGAUAGUCAUGGACGACAUGGACAGCGAUGACGAUCAGGCGGAUGAACCGGUUCCCAAGACGAACAACCCGGAUGAGAUAGUCAUGGCGGACAUGGACGACUCGGACGAGGAGGAGGAAGACUCGCCCACUAAAGCAUCGGAAGUCGUUGAAGCUACGCCGCUCGAGAGCGUAGAUCGUAUCGAAUCGGAUCCCACUACGAAAAAUACGGAAAUACCUCUCAAGGCGGAUGACGAAGGGAUAAAGGAGGCUUUAGAAGAGACCAGCCCGGCCUUGAUCGACGAUCAGGUCACAUCGGAAAGAACAGACGCAGCUGGGAACAUCGAAACAAAAUUCCUCGCUCUGGACAAGUGUGGUCCGCAUAAACAGUUCAUCCAGUUCAUGGAAGUUCCCACACCCGAGUCCGAUUCCCCGCCUCGCCUACAAUUCGAUCCCGAAUGGCUCGCCAUCACCCGAGCGUUCCAUCCGUGGUUGAGCUUGACGCCGAAUCAACGCCCGCUCCCAUCGCACGAAGAAGGCAGGAAGUUGAUCGAGGCGGCACGAACAUGGAUCGAAGAGAACGUCGUCAAGAGGGAGAUGCCAACAAACGUGGGCAUACCUGCAAUCGAAGCAGUCGCGCCGAUCACGCAGGGGGUAGAGGAGCAGGGAGGCGACGGGAUGGUGCAGAAGCAGGAAUAUCAGGACGAGUCGGUCGCACCGGGAGUCAAACCGUUCGGACCGCUCGACGUCGAGGGUGUACAAGUCUUUCAACCAACGGCUCCUGCCGAAUUCUGCGGUCCCGCCUUUCCUGGUCAAUGGUUCACGAACAGGCAGACGGAAGAGUUGUGCAAGCUGCUUGGCGUUCCGAACCGUAUCAAUCCCUUGCCUACCGGUGUAUAAGCUAGCUCGAACAUAACAUGUGAUGACGUGCCC